CAAACCGACCAAAAUUAAAACUUUUUGUAUGGAGGCGUUGCCGUCGUCUCCGGUCAUACAUUGAUCAGCUAAAACUGAUUUGGAGUUUUAGCAUCUCCCAGAAGAAUGGCGAGUAAUAGAGAUAGCGUUAAUCUCUCGCGCACGUUCAAGUACUUACUAGCUACACAGUUUCUUUCCAGAGGCAUCCCUUUCAUAUUCAAUUCGUGGAUCGUGAGGCGUCUCACUGAAGCAGACUAUGCGCUCUACGCGGUCCAGUUCCAUCUCUUUGUUACCUGUGUCUUGUUUCUCAGCCGAGAGGGAUUCCGACGCGCUUGCUUGCGUGCUGACAUUAACAGUGACGGUCUUGUAUCAGAGAAAGAUGUGACUAAGUUACUGAAAGUGGCAUGGGUUACAUUUCCACUCGGAGUAGCCAUUACUAUUGCAGCAUCCAUCUUUGUGCUAUGGUGGCAGAACCUUAGUUACUCCGACACAUAUGCACAGGCGAUCUUGAUCCACGGAUUUGCGUGUGUACUGGAGCUGAUGGCUGAGCCUUUGUAUAUCCUCUCUCAGACAUUGAUGCUUCUAAAACUGCGACUGGUUGUUGAGACGGUUGCUACAUUUUCACGCUGUGUGACUUUGUGCUUUCUCAUUGUCAAGCAAACCAAUAUGGAAAAAGGGAUAAUCUUUGCACUUUCACAAGUUGCAUAUGGAGGUUCCUUAUUUCUUGGGUACUGGGUUUACUUUCUCAUGCGUGGUGUUUCUAAAAGCUUGAAUCUCUUUCCUUUCAGACCUGGGAACUUCAUGGAUUUGGAUAAGCAGCUCUCAAACAUGUGUAUGCUAUUCACUUUUCAGUCUUUCCGAAAGUUGAUCCUUCAAGAAGGCGAAAAGUUGGUCCUGGUAUGGUUAGAUACACCUUAUAACCAGGCUGUAUAUGGGAUCGUCGACAAGCUAGGCAAUUUAGUUGUACGCAUGGUGUUUCUCCCUUUUGAAGAGAGUUCAUACACUACAUUUGCCAGGUUCGCAUCAGGUGAUGAUUACCAGCAAAAGAGGAAGAAACUCGGAACCUGCUUGACCGAGGCCUUGAAGCUUGUAAUGUUAAUAGGUCUCAUAUUUAUGGCGUUUGGGCCGGGCUAUUCAUACUCUCUCAUCAGAUUGUUGUAUGGUGAAAAAUGGAGCGAUGGAGAAGCUUCCUUGGCGCUACAGUUUUAUUGUCUCUACAUCAUUGUCCUGGCAAUGAAUGGGACCUCCGAGGCAUUUUUACACGCAAUAGGAACAGAGGAUCAACUAAAGCGCUCUAACGACAUGCUGCUUGUGUUUUCACUGAUCUACAUCACAUUGAAUAUCCUGCUGAUAAGAUCUGCAGGAGCAAUAGGUUUAAUCUUGGCGAAUUCCUUGAAUAUGAUGUUUAGAAUCAUCUAUUCAGGACAAUUCAUGCAACGUUACUUCCAGGGCGAUCCUUCUUCAUCAUUCUCGUUCAGAAAGUGUUUUCCUUCAGGUUGGCAGAUUCUUAUCCUCUCUGGCAUCAUCACUGUCAUCUCAGAGAAAACCAUUCUCGACCAUAAGAACUUCUGGCCAACGUUUCCUGUCCAUUUCGCCGUCGGUUUCCUCUGCUUUUGUCUCUCAGCCAUUGUCAUAUACCGGCGUGAAAGAGUGUUCAUCAAUAGAAUCAUAAGGUUCAGGAAUCACGAUCAUGACGACUGAAACCAACCAAGAAAACCGCUGGUUUAAGUCCGGUUAAGACAGUGAAGCUUUUGUAUCAGUACCACAAAUAGGAUAAAGAUAAAAAUCCUCAUAAAUGAUUUUUAAUUCGCAAUGAAACAUUUUGCUCUUCGU